AUGAGUAAAGUUGUUGGUAUUGAUUUAGGUACUACAAACUCUGUAGUUGCUGUAAUGGAAGGUGGAAAACCUACUGUUAUUCCGAAUAAAGAAGGUUUAAGAACAACCCCAUCUGUAGUUGCUUAUACUAAGAAAAAAGAUAAGCUAGUUGGGCAUAUUGCUAAAAGACAAGCUGUAAUGAACCCAGAGAAUACGUUCUACUCUGUUAAAAGGUUUAUUGGACGUAAGCAAGAAGAGGUAAGUAACGAAUCUAAACAGUCAUCUUAUAAUAUUAAAACAGAUUCUAAUCUAAAUAUUAAAUUAGAAUGUCCAGCUUUAAAUAAAGAUUUUUCUCCAGAAGAAGUAUCAGCACAAGUUUUGAGAAAAUUAGUAGAAGAUGCUAGUACAUAUUUAGGACAAACUGUAACUCAAGCUGUAAUUACAGUCCCUGCAUAUUUUAAUGAUUCUCAGAGACAAGCAACAAAAGAUGCUGGUCAGAUUGCUGGACUAGAUGUCUUAAGAAUAAUUAAUGAACCAACAGCAGCUUCAUUGUCAUAUGGUUUAGAUAAAAAAAACAAUGAAACUAUUUUGGUUUUUGAUUUAGGAGGCGGCACAUUUGAUGUUUCUGUAUUAGAAGUAGGAGACGGUGUUUUCGAGGUUUUAUCUACAUCAGGUGAUACUCACUUAGGUGGAGAUGAUUUUGAUAAUAAGAUAGUUUUAUGGCUAAUUGAUGAAUUUAAAAAAGAUGAAGGUAUUAAUUUAAGUCAAGAUAGACAGGCUUUACAGAGAUUAACAGAAGCUGCAGAAAAAGCUAAAAUGGAGUUAUCUAAUUUAUCACAAACCGAUAUAAAUUUACCUUUUAUUACUUCGAAUGAUACAGGUCCUAAGCAUUUAGAAAAAACUAUAACGCGUGCAAAAUUUGAAAAUCUAUCGAAAGAUUUAAUUGACCGUUGCCAAAUACCUGUAAAUAAUGCUUUGAAAGAUGCACAGCUUGAAUCAAGUAGUAUAGAUGAAAUAGUCUUAGUUGGUGGUUCUACAAGAAUACCUGCUAUACAAGAACUAGUGAAAAAAAUUAUUGGUAAAGAUCCUAAUCAAAGUGUAAAUCCAGAUGAAGUAGUUGCUAUUGGAGCAGCUGUUCAAGCAGGUGUUUUAGCUGGUGAAGUUAAAGAUAUACUAUUGUUAGAUGUUACUCCUUUAUCAUUGGGGGUAGAAACUUUAGGUGGUGUAAUGACAAAAAUUAUUGCACGAAAUACAACUGUACCUACUAAAAAAUCAGAAGUUUUCUCAACUGCUGUAGAUAAUCAGCCGAAUGUAGAAAUUCAUAUUCUACAAGGAGAACGAGAAUUUACAAAAGAUAAUAAAAGCCUAGGAACUUUUAGACUGGAUGGUAUUAUGCCAGCACCAAGAGGUGUACCUCAAAUAGAAGUAACUUUCGAUAUAGAUGCUAAUGGUAUUUUAUCUGUCAAAGCCAAAGAUAAAGGCACUGGUAAGGAACAAUCAAUCACUAUUACGGGAGCUUCAACUUUGCCUAAAGAAGAAGUUGAAAAAUUGAUAAAAGAUGCAGAGUAUAAUGCUGAAGUUGAUAAACAAAAGCGUGAAAAAAUAGAUUUAAAAAAUCAAGCUGACUCUUUUUGUUAUCAAACAGAAAAUCAAUUAAAUGAGUUGGGUGAUAAGGUUAGUGUAAAAGAAAAAGAGGAUAUCCAAUCCAUAUUAACUAAAUUAAAGCAAGCUGUUCAAGAUGAAGAUUAUGAUCUAAUAAAAUCUUUGCAAGAUGAAGCGCAGAAAGCUUUAAUGGAGAUAGGAAAAAAAGCAUACAAUUCUCCUGAAGUUGAUAAAAAUAGCAAUGAACAAACUUCUGAAGAAUCUGUAAUUGAUACAGAUUCUUCAGAAGCUUGA